GGCCUGAGCAGAGACUUUGGUCCGCACAAGAUGAUGACUUGCACUCCAGCUCGGCUUCUCCACUUUUAAACUUCUGUGCAGUUUUGGGUGUUUUUUUUUUUUUUUUGUGUGUGUGUAAGGUUGAGGAUCCCGGAGUCACGUGACUGCGAUGUCGUCCACGGUGCGGCGACUUUUAGCUUCCGCCGUCAUCUUCUCGCUGCUCAAAGCGUCCAGGUGCAUCCAGGUGAUCGUCUCCCAGCAGGACCGCAGCACCUUCCUCUUCGGCUCCGUCAUUCUGCGCUGUGACUAUUCCACCUCUGCUAACCCCCAAGAUGUCCUGCUCACCUGGAGGUUCAAGUCCUUCUGCAAGGACCCGGUGCUGGAGUACUACUCCACAUCGUUCCAGUCUUCGCUGCAGUUGGGACAAGACCCCGCCAACGACUGUCCUGACCGCCAGCGCACGGUGCGCACCAUCGUCCAGAAGAGAGGCAGCAACGAGCCCAUCAUCGGCGCCGACUAUCGGGAACGCAGAAUCUCCAUCCAGAAUAAGGCGGACCUGGUGAUCAACGAGGUGAUGUGGGAGGACAAUGGUGUGUACUUCUGUGCGGUGGACGCUGCAGGUGACACCACCGGGGACUCGGACAAGGAAGUCAAACUCAUCGUUUAUCAUUGGUUAACGGUGCUGUUAAUCAUCCUGGGCAUUGUGCUGCUCCUCAUCCUGCUGGGAGUGUGCUGGUGCCAGUGUUGUCCUCAGAAGUGUUGCUGCUACGUCAGAUGUCCUUGUUGCCCUCAGAAGUGCUGCUGCCCCGAGAAAGCGAUCAUGCAACAUCGUAUGAUGAAGGACGCUCAGAGGGCCAUGGCUCCUUGGAUGGGAGGACAGGUUCAUGCACCAAUGAGCCAUCAAAUCAACCCCAUGUUAUAUGCAGGAUCUACAUCAGGUAAAAGCUUCCCACUGAAGGGUUUGCCUCUGCCGCCUCCUCAGUCUGUCUCCUACAGCAUGCCACCCCCCAGCGGGCCCAGAACUGGCACACCUGCCACCCAUCACAUGCUGGACUACAUGGAGAGUCAGGUGAGGGGGAUGGACAUGACCACUCCUCUGCUUCAGCCUCAGCCGCCUCACAUGCACCAGCUGGCCCCUCCCCCCCAGCAGAUGCCCAUGGGGGUCCCGUACUCCCCCGGCCCCCCCAGCAUGAUCUCCGGCCUCGGCGACGGCCCCACGGAGCGCCGCGUCAUCACCCUUCCGCCCAUACGGGAGCCGCAGUCGGCCAGGGCGCCGCCCCCGGCGCCCAAGACACGCCCCCCCAGCUCCAGCGACAGCAGUCGUGGCGGGUUCGCACAUCGUGACGGACACGGGGCGGCGGGUCGACGCUACCCCUCGCCUCCGCGCUCCAGGGGCCUCCCCAGGAGCUACAGCCAGGAGUCCCUGGACGGACGUCUGCGCGGCGCCCAGCGGGAGGCCAUGAGCCGCCCUCGCUCCCGGUCCAGGGACAACCUCUUCGACAGCCGCUCCAGGGGAAGGUACUCUCCUCCGCCCGCGGGCCGGCGAGCGGGAGGAUCUUGGAGCUCUGAGGACGAGGACAGUAGUCGGCGAGGAGGAGGAGGAAGAAGAGGAGGAGGAUGGGGGGACAAGGCUCCCAGCUACACCGAGUACGAGCCCGGACACAAACCUUCCCCCAGGAGGAACCAAUACUCUGUUAAGAGCUCUCGCAGCGGCACCAGUGUUGUCAUCUGACCCCAGCUGACCUUUGACCUUUCUUUCCUAGCGUCGCCUCCAAAACCAAACUAAACAUGAAGCAAUGUAGGAACUUUUCUCGCGAGCGUUUGAAAGUUCGAUGCAAAUCUUUUAUUUCGGUGCCUCAACUUGAAUCUUGUGGGCGUCGACAUGUUCAGCGUCCGUGACCAUAUAUGGACGUGCUCACGUCAGGGGUGUCCAAACUUUGUCCACUGAGGGCCGCACACUGAAAAUUCAAAGCAAGCGGGCGCCAUUUGGAUAUUUUUUAUUUUGAAACACAAUACAAUAUAUGUGUAAAAAUAUAAAUGUGGGCCUCCACUCAGGCUUGAUCUCAGGGUUUUGGUCAAAAAAUAUAAAAAAUGUGUCAUUAUUCGGUAUUUUUUUUUAAAUUAUUCACGUUUUAAAUCUCUAGAUCCAUCUGUCAAUAUAAUGAUUUUAAAGAUUUAAGUUGUAUGCUAUUUUUGUCACAAAAAAAAAAAUCACAAAAUAUGCAAUAUUUAUAUAAUAAUUGGAGCAUUAAAAAGGUCAAUAACUCAUAACACCAUCGAUUUUAUUUAAUUAUUAUUUUUUGAGCAAUGACACUUAAAAACAAAUCACACUAAAAUGAUUGGGGAUCCAAAAGACUCAUUAAAUUGUCAGAAAAUAAAUUAUAAAUUAUUAGUUUUAACAGAAUAAUCUCGAGAUCAACUUCAAUUAUAAGUUUUAUUGUUGUUUAUGUUUUUGUUGGUUCGUUUUAGGCCCUUCUUUAAAAAAAAAACAGCUCAGUUUUUUAAAUAGCAAACACAAAAUAUGCUAAAUUUUCCCCCCAAAAUAUGUAAAAGUGGAAAAUUUAAUUUGACAUAAUUGGAGCCUUGAAUAGGUCAAUAAUUCAUAAUGACAUUGAUUUUGAUUCAUUAUUAUUUUUUAAAGAAAGAAACAGCCUGCAUGGCAGUUUUGUUUUAUUAGAGUAAACAUUGCAACAUUUUCUUGUUACAUUUCACCCGUUUGCUCUUUUGUAUCACUUUUAACGUUUUAAAAAUUUUUCAAUCGUGUUUUUAAAAUGUGCCGUGGGGCCGUUAAAAAAUGACCCGCGGGCCGCACUUUGGACACCCCUGGCUUACAUCAACACAUUUGGAGGGAAAAUGGAUUAAUAUUCAUUUUUGAAAAUCACAAAUUGUUUUAGAAUCGGGAUAAAUAAGAAUAUUUAUGAAUCAAUUUUUGCCAAAGACCGACAUGCGCGAUACUGACCAAUUAGAAGGCUUGUAGCAUAUUGUUCCAAGAAGGCCCCGCCCACAUUCUCUACUUGUAACCAUAAAAAAAAUUACAAUUUUUAUUAAAUUUUUGGGUUAAAAAACAUAUUUUUAAUUCGUUAAUUUUUCUAAAAGCCACAACUUUGUCUCAAUGGUAAGUUUUUGAAAUGACUUUGAAAAGAAAACCUCCGUUGUGAGCAUGAAGUCCACCUGCUGGUUGAUUGGUGAAGACUGAGGUCAUUUAAUUGGAAUCUUUUUAUUUACAAUAUUUGUCUUUUAUUCCUGCCAGCAAAAAAAAAGCUGCAGCACAAGCAAAUGGCUCUUACAACAACUUAACUGUUACAUUUUUUUUAAAGCUUCAAACACUGUAUAUAUAUUUUUUUGCCUUCAUUAUUUUGUUUUUUUCCUCUACAAAGUGCAAUGGUGAAGCUUUUAUGUACAAAAGCCAUGAUGGUGUAAAUAAGCUACUGAGAAAUAUUGUAGCAAUCAUUGUUUUUCGGGAUAUGAAGAAUGUUUUUAUAAUAUUUUCCAUAAUCUGUCUUAAACUGCUGUAUUAUGUUGAAGUUUGAAGCGAGCUAAGUGCUACAUUGUGACGUUUUUCAUGUUUUUACAGUACAUUAAUGACAUUUGUGUCAAACACAUUUAGAAUUAGAAUUUCAUUAAAAUGUUUUCUUUGAACUACUUGAACAAUAAAAGAUUCCCGAAAUAA